CAACCAACUGUUGUCACAUGCUAACCUGCUUUUCUCCAGUGACUUACACAGGCUACUGGCUAAUGCUAACUGCUAGAGCUAAUGCACCCAUUGUCGGACGGGAGACUCACAAACAUUUUAUUCACGUUCUGUGACUAUAGAGAUUAAAAGUAAAGCAGUUUGUAUUCGUGUGCAGGAGUGAGACAUUAGCUUAGCACGGGAAGAGACAGGCUAAGCUAAUGUAGCUGUGUGUCCUUACUUAGUCUGAUGAGGACCUGCACAUGGAAUUAACAUGUAAUAUGACUGUGAUUGUGUUAGUGCUGCAGCAUUAACAUGAGUCUAAUGCACUGCAUCUUCAGGCAGAUAGACAGACAGACAGAGAGACAGUGAGACAGAGAGACAGACAGAUACAGCGGGCCACUUGUGAUCAGAUCUCAGUCCGACGCCAGAUGAAGAGUGAUGCAUCCAGAGCCACACACAACAGGCAUCACCCCACAGAGAUGGCAGGCGUGUUCAGCACCCCGGGGCAUGCUGAGCACCGGCCUACUGCAGGGCUUCAUCCAGAGAGCCAGGCCUCCAUCCUUCUGCUUCCUGCUCCCCAGGGUCCACGCAGCUGAUGUGGCUUCUGCCCAGCCGCCACAGAUGCUCUCUUCCUCCUCCUCCUCCUCCUCAACCAGCCCUGCUCCUGCACCCAGCUCAUCUUCACGCUCUGUGCCAAGCAACUUGGGAAAGCCAGAAUUCCCAGACACAGGAUGGGAUCGCAUCAAGGACCUCUUUGACAGAAACGUGACCCAGCGCUACCCAGAGGAGCUGACCAACGUGAUAAAGAGCGGCGCCGUGGCCGCAGUCGCCGGCUUGAUUUACGGAGGCCUGCCCGCUGCACGCCACGCCAGGCAGCGCUACAUCCAAAACAGCCAGGCGGAAAUCUAUACGAGUCGAGUGGAAGCAGUGCGCUCGGCCCAUAAUGCUGCUAUCCGUGGUUUUGUGAGAUAUGGAUGGAGGUGGAGCUGGAGAGUGACUGCGUUCGUCACCUUGUUCAAUUCCGUCAGCACGGGUCUGUCUGUGUACCGAGACAAAUACACACUCAGUCAUUACGCUGCAGCUGGAGCUGUCACUGGAGGCCUCUUCAGACUCAACCUGGGCCCGGGUGGGCUGGUGGCGGGGACGAUCAUCGGAGCCGUGCUGGGGAUUCCCACUGGGGCUCUGAUCGUCAGCUUGCAGUCUCUGGCUGGAGAGACGGUGCGAGAGAGGAGGAGGAGAGAGCGCAGGGAGCUGUACGAGCUCAAACUGGCAGAAUGGGCGGCCCGUUUGCAGUUGACGGACGAGCUGAUUGGAGAUCUGAACCUCAGCUGUCAGGCAGAGGAAACCAAUAAGGACAUGCAGAGGAUUCAGGAGCUGCUCAGUUCACCACCGAACAAGGACGUGGCUCAGGACUCAAGCAGCCAAUGACAGGAGCCGCCUGAAGUGGGACCAAAUAAACAGGUCCGUGCUUCCCCUGGACUCCUUCAGUCAGCGCCUCUCCAGCAGAGUGGAAUAGGAUUCACGCUGAAAUGUAAAGACACUGUUGCUCUUCACACUGUCCAGGGUCCUCGAGUAGCAUCAGUGAGCUGCUCAGGAAAGUUGAGAGGGAGGAACACAUUUAAAACACAGAAACUGUUUGGAUUGUGUCUUUCUUUCAUAUUAGACUGUGGAAUCCUGACAGACAUGAUAUUCAUGUUCCUGCAGGAUUCAGUGACGUUGAGCUUCUGUGUUAUUGACUCGUCUUGUUUCAUUGUCUGUUCGGCUCCACAUGAAGUCUCUUCUCGUUUCAAGUUCUUGUUUUCAGUCUUUGCUCCAAGAAAAACUGAACCAGAUCGUCUUUAUUAAAUGAAUAUCAAGACAACUCUG